UCUCGCUCACCGCAGAUGGUUUCGUCCUAUAACUAGGCUACGUCUAGUCGAGAAUAUAUAAUUGCUCUGGCAAAUCUGGAGAUAAUUUUACCGCCAAUCAGAGUGAUCUCUCUGACAGGUUCCGCUGCCAAUUCAACCUGCUCAAUAGGUUGGGAAAAAUGCCGACAGGGGUCUGACUAGUGCCAACCGUCAGAUUGGUAACCCUGGGGCUUAAAACUGUUGUUCUGGCACUUCUUUAGUGUCUCCGAAAGAAAGAACGAAAGAGUCUUUUGUUUUAACACCUAGUGCCGACUGCUACCAAACUCUCUGUCAUAUGCCAGACACGUGGGGAGCAACAAUUUCCUGUUGUUGAUCCAUUUCCAGUGUAGCUUACACAGAAGUUUAGGUGCGAGUGUGAAGUGAGCGAAGAUUGUACCUAGGCCCAUUCAGAUGGUCUAUCAACUGAUGGAUGUUAUAUAUUUUAAAGUGUAUUCAAGAGAAGUGGAUGGAUUAGCUUUGACCACUUUCAGGUUAGACCAUGAACAUGCUAUAGUGGGGUGACUGUGUGGCCGUCUAGCUAUAGGCUACCACAGAAGAAGAAACCCUAUACAGAAAGAGUGCUCUGACACAUGGAGAUUUGGUGGAUUAUACGAACCCUACCUUUCUUGGCUUUGUUGUCUCCCUCCUCGAGUUUCUCAUCAGAACGGCAAAAUGAUUCAGAGGUCCCUGAGCUCUUAGCCCUACGAAUUAAACAUUUUGAGGAGGGCCAAGAUGCGUACUUAAGGUGCAGCAAUAAGACGUGGAAUAAUACUCUUCAUCAUAUCUGGAAAAUAAACAACAGUGGAGUCCAUUGUCUUAUAAGUGAAGCUGCUAACAAGCCCAGGCAUAACAACUGCACAGGAGGGAUGACACUCCGCAACACAACGAAAGGGGAGUUGUACCUGUAUAUUCCUCACUUCGGAAUCAAAGAUGAAGGGACAUACAAAUGUGAAGAGGUGUACAGAGGUGGUGCUGACGUAGCCAUCAUUACAGUUUUUGCUAGAGUCCCCCCUGUCCUCUCCACCAGACUAGAGCAUGACGGCGGUCAGCGGUUUGCUGUCUGUUCUGCUGCCCGUGGAAAACCAGAGGCCACAGUGUCCUGGGAGGAGGAGUGGUGGUCCCCUAAGGUCACUGAGAGGUCAACCAACAACACAGAUGGAACCGUCACCAUGGAGAGCUGGCUGCUCCUGCCUGAUGACAUCACCCAGGGCAACCUGACCUGUGUGGCCAGUCACGCCUCCUGGACCCAUAAGCAUUCUGUUGUCAUGGAGAUGACUGAUGGUUCAUUCACAUUGUUCAUCACUCUGUCAUCUAUCAUUGUACUAAGUGUGGUAAUUGUAACUGCUGUCAGCACAUACGUGUGCCUUAAAAUAAACGAAACGCAAUAAAACAAAUUAUUGGAUUUUCAUA